UUGACAGCCGGAGGGACGUCCAUCCCGGCAGCGCUCGCGACGUUCCCCGGUCACGGCCAUGGCGGCUUUCAGCAAACUCCUGACGGUGAAAAACUCCGCUCUCGGAGCCACCGCUGUCUUGGCCUUGAUUGCGAUCGCCAGGAGACGGAAGAACAGCACACCGCACAGUAAGCUUGAUGGAAAAGUUUCUCUACAUGGUGAGAAAGAAGGAAAAAAAGAGAAAGCAGUUGUAGAUAGGGUUUUCUUUGGAAGGCUAUGGCGAAUUUUGAAGAUAAUGGUACCUGGAAUGAUUUCGCAAGAAUCUGCCUACUUGUUACUCAUUGCGGUGAUGCUUGUUGCUCGAACCUACUGUGAUGUCUGGAUGAUUCAAAAUGGAACCAUGAUUGAAAGUGCAAUUAUUGGUCGGAGCACCAAAGAUUUCAAGAGAUACCUAUUCAACUUUGUUGCCACAAUGCCAGCUAUAUCUUUGGUAAAUAAUUUCCUGAAAGUGGGCUUGAAUCAACUGAAGCUUCGAUUCCGAGUUCAGCUCACCACUUACCUGUAUGAGGAGUAUUUAAAAGGUUAUACAUACUAUAAAAUGGGUAAUCUUGACAACAGAAUAGCAAACGCAGAUCAGCUGUUAACACAAGAUGUGGAGAAAUUUUGCAACAGUGUAGUGGAUUUGUAUUCAAAUCUCAGCAAGCCACUUUUGGACAUCAUUCUGUAUAUAUUUAAAUUGACAAGUGCAAUAGGCGCUCAGGGACCCUCAUGCAUGACUGCUUACCUGAUAGUUUCAGGUCUGAUCCUAACUCGACUGAGAAGACCAAUUGGUAAAAUGACAAUAUCAGAGCAAAGAUAUGAAGGUGAAUACAGAUACGUCAACUCUCGUCUGAUUACAAAUAGUGAAGAAAUUGCAUUUUACAAUGGAAACAAUCGAGAAAAACAGACUAUACAUACUGCUUUUAAAAGACUGGUGGAUCACAUACACAAUUUCAUUGUCUUCCGUUUCACCAUGGGAUUUGUGGAUAGUAUAAUUGCCAAAUAUCUUGCUACUGUAGUGGGUUACCUUGUAGUAAGCCGUCCAUUUCUGAAUCUCUCCCAUCCUCGCCAUCAGCAAAGCAACCAUGCUGAUCUACUGGAGGAUUACUAUCAAAGUGGUCGUAUGUUACUGAGAAUGUCUCAGGCUCUUGGAAGAAUAGUGCUGGCUGGUCGUGAGAUGACAAGAUUGUCUGGUUUCACAACGCGAAUCACUGAAUUAAUGCAAGUUUUGAAAGAUCUAAACGCUGGAAAAUAUGAACGCACAAUGAUUUCUCAACAGGAUAAGAGUUCAAAAACUCAGACUUUGAUACCAGGGAAUGGGGAGAUCAUUAUUAUGGAUCAUAUUAUCAAAUUUGAACACGUGCCAUUGGUGACACCAAAUGGAGAUGUUUUAAUUCCAGAUCUCUCUUUUGAGGUCAGGUCCGGAGCAAAUGUUCUUGUCUGUGGUCCAAACGGGUGUGGAAAGAGCUCACUUUUCCGCUGCUUAGGAGAGUUAUGGCCUCUGUUUGGAGGACGUCUAACCAAGCCAGACAGAGGGAAGCUCUUUUAUGUACCUCAGCGACCAUACAUGACUCUCGGAACUCUAAGAGAUCAGGUGAUCUACCCUGACACACUGGAAGAUCAAAGGCGGAAAGGAAUAUCUGAUCUGAUUCUGAAGGACUAUCUGGAUAAUGUACAGCUUGGCAAUAUUCUGGAGCGUGAAGGAGGCUGGGAUUGUAUUCAGGAUUGGAUGGAUGUACUCAGUGGAGGGGAGAAACAACGGAUGGCUAUGGCUCGAUUAUUUUACCACAAGCCACAGUUUGCUAUUUUAGAUGAAUGUACCAGUGCAGUUAGUGUUGAUGUUGAAGGCUUCAUCUAUAGCCACUGCAGAAAGGUUGGCAUCACUUUGUUCACUGUGUCACACAGAAAAUCUCUCUGGAGUCACCAUGAGCAUUAUUUGCACAUGGAUGGUAGAGGUAAUUAUGAAUUUAAACCGAUUACUGUGGAUACAGUGGAAUUUGGUUCCUAAAACCCAUCUGCUAAUCUGUUUCUGAAAUGAGAAGUAGAUUGAUUUACAGAAGUCAGUACAAUUUGCAUUCUACCCUGCACUAAAUAUUUCAGUUUGUAAUUAAUUCUCAGUUUUAAGAUGCUGUAAUAAAAUUGUACAAUUCAUUAAUUUGUAGUCUUGUUGAGAGCUGUAUAUUUGGAAAUAUUAAUAUUGAGACUUGUAGAUCCAGUAAAAUUCACCUAGAAAAUGUUUGAAUUGUUACCUUAAUGAAGAUAACCUGUAAUGUUUCAUGUACAGUACAAAUUAAGUAACCUAGGAAUGCACUACAUGAUGGCAUGUUCUUGUUAUGCAAUAAUUUGAUAUCUGCAACUCAUUUCCUAAUGUUUUACAGAAAAAAAAUAAAGACGUUAAAUGUUAA